AUAUUUUUACCCCCUUGGCUCUUUUUCACAGUCAUGCUAACGGUAUUGUUUCUCACAUAUGGUAUCGGUGAGGGACAUUGCCGCCAUGCACAUGACGGCAUAAUGGUCUUGUUACUGUCCUCUGUAGAUGCCACACACUCUCGAACGAGUGACCUUUCAAUCCACGCAUUUGCAAAUAUCGAUUCAGCCCUUGAUGUUUUUGCGGCGGACAGGACUGGCAAAGCUGAUUUCGCGCUCGAAUCCGCUGGGGGGACAGUAGUGUCCACUCGCUGCACCCGAACCUACGACAGUUCUAUUACAUCGUUUCCUAUCUUCAGUGCAAUGCUUCAACCGAACACACACCUUGGCGAGUGUUGGUGUUUUCAUGGCAGCCAAGGCCAAGCGAUCAUUCGCCUGGCAGCACGUGUCCAUGUUACUGGAGUCUCACUGGAGCAUGUUUCCAAGUUGGUUGCGCUGUCAGGACGCAUUGACUCGGCACCUCUGCAUGGACUUGUGCUGAUUUUUGCUGAGGACGGUGAAGUCCUGGGUUCUUUUGUCUAUGACAUAAACGCCAAGCCAGUACAAUACUUUCCAAUCAAGCCUCGUCCGAACGGCCAACCAACACGGUUUAUUGAGCUUGCGGUCAACAGUAACCAUGGCCACCCGGCAUACACGUGUAUCUACCGUCUCCGGGUUCAUGGCAACAUGGCUGAGGAUGACCAGAACUAA